CCAGUCAUGUGAUAACGCUUCACCACGCCUGCGCAAACAAAUACAAGAUGGCGGAGAGUGCGGAACUGAAGCAAAUGGUGAUGAGCCUGCGGGUGUCAGAGCUGCAGGUGCUGCUUGGCUACGCUGGGCGCAACAAGCACGGACGCAAGCACGAGCUGCUGACCAAGGCGCUGCAUCUGCUGAAGGCCGGCUGCAGCCCUGCCGUGCACAUGAAGAUCAAAGAGCUGUACCGACGACGCUUCCCUGCCAAAAUGGUUUCCCACUCAGAGCUGGCCAUGCCCGGGCCGCACCACCCGGCCACAGUUGGAAUGGUCGGAGGAGGGGGCGCCGCACUGCCCGCCGGCCUGACACAGCUGGCGUAUGAGGGUCACGCUGGGCAUGGUGGGGCCCCAUCGCCUGCUGCUUUGCUGCCCCUCUCUCUGCUCGGCCCUGGGAAACACGAGCUGACCGGGCUGACGCACCACCUGUCCACCUCGGCCACGCUGCACCCGGUCCACCCAGACGUCAAGCUCCAGAGGCUGCCCUUCUACGACAUGCUGGACGAGCUCAUCAAGCCAACCAGUCUAGCAUCAGACAACAGCCAGCGAUUUCAAGAGACGUGCUUCGCCUUCGCAUUGACGCCACAGCAAGUCCAGCAGAUCAGCAGCUCAAUGGACAUCUCGGGGACCAAAUGUGACUUCUCGGUUCAAGUUCAGUUGCGGUUUUGCCUGUCGGAGACAAGCUGUCCUCAGGAAGACCAUUUCCCACCGAAUCUGUGUGUGAAAGUCAACGGGAAGCCAUGUAACCUGCCGGGUUAUCUUCCUCCAACCAAAAACGGUGUAGAGCCCAAGCGGCCCAGCCGGCCCAUAAACAUUACCUCACUGGUCAGACUGUCCACCACAGUCCCCAAUACCAUCGUGGUGUCGUGGACCGCUGAGAUCGGAAGGAGUUACUCCAUGGCAGUGUAUUUGGUGAAGCAGCAGUCAUCCACAGUGCUGUUACAGAGACUACGGGCGAAAGGCAUCAGAAACCCAGACCACUCCAGAGCACUCAUCAAAGAGAAGCUAACAGCAGACCCAGACAGUGAAAUAGCUACGACCAGCCUUCGAGUGUCGCUGCUCUGCCCGCUGGGAAAGAUGCGGCUGAUGAUCCCUUGCCGGGCGCUGACGUGCUCCCACCUGCAGUGCUUUGACGCCACGCUCUACAUCCAGAUGAACGAGAAGAAGCCCACCUGGGUGUGUCCCGUCUGUGACAAGAAGGCCCCUUAUGAACACCUCAUCAUUGACGGGCUUUUCGUGGAGAUCCUCAACAGCUGCAUGGACUGUGACGAGAUCCAGUUCAAGGAGGAUGGUAGCUGGGCCCCAAUGAGGUCCAAGAAGGAAGUGCAGGAGGUCUCCUCUGCUUCUUAUAACAACGGCCUGGAUGGUUCGUGUCGGACGUCUGCGGGCUCAGAUCAGCGGAGCUCCUUGUCGUCCAGUCACGGCGGUGACGGCAGCAAUAGCAAGAAAGUGGAGGUGAUCGACUUGACACUGGACAGCUCCUCAGAGGACGAGGGACAGGAUCCGUCGCCUCCGCCGCUGCCACCGCUGCCUCCUCCACCCAAACGAGCAUGUCCUUCCAUGUCCCCGACCUCGCCGCCCGUCAUCAACAAAGGAGUGUUGAACCUGCACCACCAGGCCUCUCCUGUGAGCCGUACUCCCAGCAUGCCGGCUGUGGACACCAGCUACAUCCCCCCCGUUCCCCCACUUAUCCAGGACUACAGACCCUACUACCACACCUCCAACGAGCUGUCAGAGUUGAACUUCUUCUCUUUCCUCCAAGGCGACAAUCAUCAGCAUUACAACAUGGUGAUGGCAGCGGCGGCCGCCGCUUCAGCCUCAGACGACCACGAGCUGCUUCUCAACCGCUUCCUGCCCUACAGCACCUCCUCCUCCUCUUCCUCCCAGCUUUUCCUCGACCAAUCGGGAGCCUCAACGGCCAGUUCGCUGACUGCGCCGACAAACGGGGCGAGCAACUCGGGCAGCACCAGCAGCCUGGUCUCAUCCGGCAGCCUCCGUGACACUCACUCCACGCACUCGUCCUCACACUCGGGCUCGCACUCUUCACACACACACCCUGGGGUGGUGGCCAGCCGGGGCAGCACCGAAGCAGCAGUGGCAGCUAUUUACGGCGGGAUACCUGACGUUAUAUCGUUGGACUGACUCGAGAAGACUCGAGGCUACACUUUGGGUCCAGCUCCAAUCCCGUAAGAAACUUCUUGACCACAGGGUAAAGUUUUGAUCCAGAAACUAGACUGGCCCUUAUUCAUCAGACUGAAAACAUUUGUGGAGUCCUACAGACAAGGCUGCUUCAAAGAGAGCACCAUUAUUAUGACAGUUCCCUUCACUAGACUGACCUGAGGACAAUGCUAAAUCAUCACUGAAAGGGGUCAGCUGUGGACAUUGUGUUGGUAUACUGAUUUCAGAUCAGCACAUGAACCCACAUUACUGCUAUACUGGUACCAACUCAGCACAAACAGCAAAGACGCUGCAAGAGCAAAAACACAAAGGAGGAAGGCGCUUUUAUACAAAAAGGAUGAGUGGCACCGUGUACAGAGAACAAAAUAUAUUUUCCUCUUUUACUUUUGUAUGUUAAAUCAGGACUUUUUCAGUCUAGUGAGCUGCUUCAAUCGCUGUUUUUAAGUGGAGGACUGGAGUUUUUUUUUCUUCUUCUUCUUCUUCACUAAAGCUUAAAUGUAUGCCUGUUGCCAUGUGGUUAUCUUUUUCUUCUUUUUUCCUUCUUCUCUAUCCUGCUUAAAUUCUCCUGUUUGCAUUUCCUCAGUAUAAACUUCAAUUCUCUACCCCGUUUUUAAGCUUUCUCUCUUGCUCUAAGCUCAUUUUUAAAUUCAUGGUGUAUUAUUUCUCUAUCCAGUGACAAGAACUUUUCAGACACUGAAUUUACAGUUUAUACAUGUACUAAUAAUUUUAUUAUGCUUUUAAGUUAUGUAUGAUAUUUAAACAGUUAUAAAUAUAUAUGCAUUCCCUUUGACCUUCAGGUUAAUGCUGUUGGGAGUGUUUAGGUGGAAAUUAGCCAUUUCUGGUUUUUCAUUUUCACUCCUUGAUUUCCAGCUUCUUACAAAGACUCUGCCGACAUACAGCAUUUAGAAAUAGGGACUUUUAGACUAUUUAUACUUGCCAAUUUAAGGUUUUGAGCUGGAUGAGUUUGUUUUAUUUUUUGCGCAAAGCCAAAAAUAACAUACGGUACCUAUGAAAAUGAUCACAGUAAUCAAGAGUGCAGUUGAAUCUGUGUGCCACAGUGUUUUCAGUGGAGAGUCCACUUCUCCGGUUUCAGCUGGUGUUUAGUCAGACGCUCAAACUGUGUCCUUUUGUCUCUCGUCUUCUCUGUUUCAUCGUUUUGUGCUUGACCGUUCAAAAAGAAUUACAAUGAGAGUCAAGCUGUUGUAGCAGCUUGUUGUAGCUUUUAAAGAGACAGACGUCCAUGACGUGUGGCCAGGUUUAAACUAGUGCCUGUUUGUGUGCAUGUUUCACGGCGUGUUUGAGUUUUCAAACUCGGAAGAAUGUCUUAAAUGGUCACACGUGAACCUCUGUCGGGGACUUGACUUGCGACUGGCGUCUUUGGCGGUGUAGGUGUAAUGUACAGGGUUAUCUUUUGUCAACUGCUUGUGGAGAAGCUUGUGGAGAGUGUAAGCAGACAGUUCAGUGCCACAGUAGGAGAAGGAGAUCUCAACAUGCCAACUUCGGCUGGGCGCAAAGCCAGCUGGUUUAAAAAUACAUGACCUGUCUUUAGCUGAAAAAACUCUACGAGCUGUUCGGCGUACGAUGUUGAGGCGUCAAAACGAGGUUGAGGUUUCGGAAUACCUCAACGUUGGCGCCAUUCAGCGUACCUGCGCUCAUGAAUGUAUCAUGUAGUUAUAGGAUUUGCUUCCAUUCCCCUCAGUAACAGAUGUUGCAGAGAUCCGCUGUCAUCUUCUCACAUUACGAGUGACAUGCAGUAGACCAGGCGCCCCUCCUGCUCAGUCAGCCCAACCCUCCUACAGCGUGCGUGUCCUUGAAACUUUCCCAGAGUUCCCUCUUAUCAGGCUCUCCACUUCCAGACGUCCGAAAGGGGCAGCUCACUUCAAAGCCUCAUUAUCCCCACCACGAUGAGAUAAUCACUUCUGACAGCAAACCCCAUCACCUGACAUCGCCUGUCCUGUCCUUCAGCAACUAACUGGGAGACAACCUAAAAUGACCCCCAUCUCCCUGCUUCCCAGCUCCCUCCUCUUUAACUUUAUUCCCUGUUCUUCUCAUGGGAACCAACCCCAAACCGACUGCCGGAACAAGUUAGUGUUUUUUCCUGUGUUGUGCAGUAUUUUAUUUAUUUUUUAUCCUUAUUUCCAUAUAUUAUAUUUUUACAAAAUGUUUGAUUUCCAUGGGUGAGUGUCAAUGUCACUCGGGAGCUGUUGUGAUAUGAUUUUAUUUAAUAUGCAUUUUAUUAUUCUUUCUAUUCUAUUAGAGCUCAAAAAAGGUACCAUUUAGUUAUUCAUCAUGGAAAUACCUGCGUGUAUUUUCUUGGGAGCUGACGUAUACUUUUAAUAAGGGCACAAAAUGCAUGCUUAAUUAAUACAAGCAUGACUCAAGAAGAUUUAAUGUGUGAAUUAAUUAAGGAUGUAUUGUGAAUUCCUGUUGCUUGCUCUUAAAAAAUUAGGCCGUCUUGUUUGCGCUUAAUGGAUCAUCAGUUAAUGUUACUUAUAAACUCACAGUUACUUCAAACACAGUCAUAUGCCACCAGUUUGGCUGGACUCCAGAUACAAAAGGGCAUUGCUAACUCUUACAGAAGUAAGAUGCUGUUUUUAAUCAAACUAUUAGUCAGAUGCAGCUCACAGUUGGAUUUCUGACUCAACAUUAAUACUCGGCUUUUAGCCUAAACACCUGCAAAAGCAAUCAGGCUCACUUCAGCCUCAGCUGUGUUCACUUAUAGUUCGUAAGUGCAGGAGUUCAUUCGCCUCAAUAAUGGUCCCCUCCUCUAAGAAAAACAUGAAAGCAGCAGAGGACUUUUAUUUUGACAAACAGCUUGGCUGAGAACAUUCUAUUUCAUAUGUCUUUAAAUUGUCACCUGGAACCUUCUGCUUUUUCCUUUACAUAAAUAAAGACGUUUUCACCACAGAUUAAGAGACACAGAUUGGCGCAUAAUUCACCAAGUCUUUGACCCUCCUUUCCCGGAGGAGGACCCCCACAGCCCCUGACUUUAGAUGUGCUGCGUGCGUUAGUGUUUCCAGUCACGUAGCAACAUGCAGACGUUUUCAUCUGACUACGAGUGUGAUAAGAGCAGCUUUCCAGUCUGAUUGAGAAGUGUGGGGCUGCCCCGUCCAAAGAAAGCCAUGCGUCCAAAUUUGGUGACUGAAUUUUUCCGGAUACUUUGAGAAAAAAUAUUCCACUUAAGCGACAUAAACCACUCAGAAACCCACUGGAUUAUCUAAAAAUACUUGGUCACAGCAGAAACCCAGUGUGUUUUUCUUAGCCAGUGAAAAGUACGUUGGAGACGACAUGAUUUCCAUUGAAAUUAUGUAACUGGACUCCAGCUAGUUUGGUGUCACAUAAGUUAAUGUAUGAUCCAUUAAGUGUUAACUGAUCACAUAAACUCGCAGUGACUCGAUCACGUCUUAAAAGUGAGCAACAAGCAGUAACCUCGUGACACAUAACGGCUCAUGUAUUAGUUUUACAUUACUUAAGCAUGUGUGUUUGUAUCUUUAUUAGAAAGUGUUACCCUGACUUGCUAUACCGAUGAAGAUGAUGAUCCUUUAGUUUCUGUCGUGUUAGUUUAAAUAUUAAUCACCAGUAUUCGGAUACUUGAUGAGGUGGUCACGGUUAAUGAUGGCAUUUGAUCACAGUUUAAUUUAUUUGAACGACUUCCUCUUUCAGCAGGUUACAGUUAUGCACAUGAAGUGAGAGAGCUGACCGUGUUGAAUGUGUUCAGUGCGUUUGUGUUGGAGUGCUCCACGCACUGUGGUGGUGUUGGUGGUGGUCGUAGUGGUGAUGGGGGUCAGAUUCCCCUCCCCACCCACCUGUUUCAAAAUGUUAUAUGUCCACAGCUCCAUCCUGUGGCUCACAAUUGUUAGUUUCCUGAGGGCGAAGCGGCCAUUGUUCUGCUUUGUUUUCUUGUUUGUUUUCUUUCACCUCAAAGAAAUUGUCUUUCCUUUCUUUCUUUAUGUCAGAUUGCAUGCGGGGAUGGAGGAGCACAGAGCUGUCUCCAUCUCGGUCCCUUUUCCCUUGCAAUCACACGCAGGGGUGAACGUGUGUGUCGUAUACUUAAAGCAUUUCUGCAGCAGCUUAUGACUGUGCUGGUUGUUACCAAAACUGGGUCAAAACCGGCAUCUGCACAGAUUAAAGUGAAUGGAAUAUGGCCACUAUUAUCAGUAGUUAUUCUUAAACUGUGUUUUCAGAAUCUCCACGGGCAACCUUGGCCAAGCAGCUCAGCUCUUUGGCUGGCGUGAUGUCUCAACAUAAGGAAAAGGGAAAUGUCAACAAUGUGUAAAUUAUGUCUGUAUGGAAACGUGAAAACUGAAAGUUCAUAUCCAGACGUGGGUGUUUGAUGUCCAUCUGUAUGCUUUUUGUGUGUCAGUUCAGAGCAAGAGAAUAAAUUAAUUUAUAUAUUUUUUAGAAAAUGAAAGCUAUUAUUAAAAAAAAAAAAGGACUGUGGCCAAUAAAGAGUCUUACACAACUGAAAUAAUCUCAAAGUCAGACUCGAGUCAACAUCUGCACUCACUGCCUUAAAACAUUCACAGGUUCUGUUUUCACGGCUCCAAUCCGAGGAAAAUCAUUUAAAAAAAGGCUUUUCAAGGGGGGGACAAGGAGAAGACAGUGUACAGUAAACCCUUGUCAGUUGUACAAAUAUACUAAGUGAAAAAAAUAUUUAUUACCUGCAUUGGAAGAAAUUGUUUACUUAUUGAAUGUUACCUGUUUAUGUAGAAAAGUUUAGAUGUAUUAAAAUGCAUUCUGUUACA